CGCGGGGGACUAGACAGUGCCGAGACUGAGAGCGGGAAAGUUGUGUCUUGUGACGUCACCGCGAGUGAGUGUACCCACACGACAGUGGACCAAUAUGCGGAAUCACCAGAUAUCCAUCGCCUUACUAGCUCUCUUCAGCGGCGUCCAGCUAGCGUCAUCCGGCAACUGGACGGACACGUGCGAGCUGGAGCCGUGGGACGCCGGCCCCUGGGGCGCGGUGCUGGAGGAGUGGGCGACGGCGACGGCGGGCGCGGGGGCGGGGGCGCGGCGCGGGCGCAUCCUGGCGCCGCCCGGGGCCAGCUACUACAUCACUGAUGCCAUCAGUGACCGGGUGGGCCUAGCGCCACCGCCGCCGCGCGGGUACGACGAGUGGACUGCCACGCUGCCCGCCACGCCGGCGCCUAAGAUCGUCAAUAAACCAUCCAAACCGUACAAGGACCAGUUCAAGCCUAGUCCUGUCCAUCCCGCACCGCAGCAAGUACCUCAACACCAGCAGCAGUACCCACAGCAACACUACCCGCCACAACAACAACAACAGUACCCACAACAGCAAUACCCACAACAACAACAACAACAGCAGCAACAGUACCAGCCACAACAUCAACAAUAUCCACCCCAACAGCAGUACCCAGACCAAUACCCUCAGCAGCAAUACCCGGGCCAGGCCCGACCCCCGACCCCCUCGGCCGCGGACCGCGUGGACCCCUCCCCUCCCCCCGCCGCCCCCGCCCCCGCGCGCCCCGCCGCCCCCGCUCGCAAGGAGGUCUCCGACACGGACCUGUAUCUCCUCGCCGCUAUAGAGAAGCUGGUGUACCGCGUGGACCUCAUGGAGAAGCGCCUGCGCCGCGCCGAGGAGAGCCUGCACUACCUGCUCGCCGGCAAGGACAAGGCACCCGAGCCGUGCGUGGACAAGUUCACGCGCGUGGGCGGCGCGUGCUACCACUUCUCUCUGGAGGCUGCGGACUGGAAGUCUGCCAACCUGGCGUGCCGCAAGCUGCGCGCCGCGCUGGUUGAACUGGACUCCAGUGAGGAGCAGCGGCUGCUCAUGGCCGCCGUGCACGCUGACAAGAAGAUCAAGGAGCUGGACUUCUGGACGGGCGGGCUGAACCCGGGGCUGCUGUGGAUCUGGGCGGGCUCGGCGCGGCCCGUGCUCAGCAACUCCACGGGGGGCGGCAACUCCGGUGGGGGCGGCAACUCCACGCAGGUGAUACACGGCGAGGGGCGCUGCCUUGCGCUGGUGUGGGACCCCCCCGCCGCCCGCCACGUCUACCGCGGACAGGACUGCGCCUUCCGACAUCGGUACGUGUGUGAGAAGACGGAGGACAAAACGAAGCUGAGCAACGAGAUCGCGAAGGUGUCCCGGUCGCUGCGGCUCGCGGGGGCGGCGCUGGGGGCGGGGGCCGCGGAGGCCGGGGCGGGGGGCGCGCGGCGCGGGCGGGAGCUGCGGGGGGACCGCGGCGCCGCGGAGCUCGACUAGCCGCAGCUACGUCACGGCCCAGACACUCCAAAGAGCUUUAUGCUAACUAUAUCUUGCAACUAUCCAUACUAAUGUUUACUUACCUAUUGUAAAUGAGUUAGUUUGUCUUUUCACGUGGUAAAGUGCAGAAACGGUCGCCUAUAGUUUUCUACGUAA